GUAUCUGAAAAGCGGAACGAGGCUAUGCCAAACGCCAGAUAAGAUCACUGCUCUGGUGGUGAAACGUCCUCAUUUUGGAUUCGUAUAAGCAAGACUUUUUCCACUGCCUAUUCCUUCCGCCCGGGUCUUGGCUUCCUUUCUCAUACAAUAUUUCUUGCACAAUACAUUUGGCAAACCCAGCCACGGCGACCGUGCUCUUUGCGCUGCGUUGAGCGAGUCUAGUCUUAAACAUUUGCGAAACCUUUGAGAGGAAGAACAUUUUUUUUUCCCGGCCCCUUAACUAUUAUAUUUCGCAAGGUGAAAGGAACAUGGUCCGAGCAAAGACCUGGACACUCCGCAAGCACUUUGAGGGGUUUCCCCAGGACAGUGACUUUGAGCUGAAGGAACAAGAGCUGCCUGAACCGAAGGAUGGAGAAGUCCUGCUUGAGGCAGUUUUCCUCAGUGUGGAUCCCUAUAUGAGGCCAUACAGUAAAGUACGGAUGAAGGAGGGAGAUGUGAUGAUUGGAAGUCAAGUUGCCAACUCACAGGAGCACAGGGCAGUUUACAGGCCAGCUACAGAAGUCUACAGGCAAGAGUUUGCUUAUUAUGCGUUGAACCUAUUACUUGUUCCUUUGCAGCCUACGCAUGCUGACGCAGCUCCCCACCUAUGUAGUAAUAUGCCAACCAAUAGCUGGAGUGUAACCGAAGAGCCCUCAAGUCCCACCUGGCCUGAGCCUUUUCCUUUCGCAUGUUUCAGGUUGACGGCUCUGUACGGCCUGACGGAGGUCUGCGAGAUGAAACCUGGAGAUGUGGUCCUGGUUAACGCUGCCGCAGGGGCUGUUGGCUCAGUGGUGGGGCAGAUUGCCAAAAUUAAGGGCUGUAAAGCAGUUGGCUGUGCUGGAUCUGAUUCAAAGGUUGCCUACUUAAAAGAAAUGGGGUUUGAUGAAGCUUUCAACUACAAAACAGUGAGCUCUUUAGAGGAAGCAUUGAAGAAAGCAUCUCCGGAAGGUUACGACUGCUUCUUUGAAAAUUCAGGCCCAUAUGUCCACCCCCAGUUGCUCUUCAAACAGCUCCGCAUGGAAGGAUUCCUUGUCUACAGAUGGAAGCACAAAAACGAGGAAUCUCUCAAGCAGCUUAUGACCUGGGUGAAAGAGGGCAAGCUGAAGUACCGGGAGCAUAUCACCGCGGGCUUCGCCAACAUGCCCAGAGCCUUCAUGGGAAUGCUGAAAGGAGAGAACACGGGCAAGGCCAUCGUGAAGGCCUGAGAGGAGCUCCCGGGCGUCACCUGCGUCACCUGUGACGUUAACCCUUAGGUGGUGGGCCUUUCGGGCGUGGCGGUCAAGUGUCGUUGGGCGAGACGUUUUUUUUCACUUCCCGAACCGUUCGGUUUUAGUAGCACUGGUGGGCAUCUCUGGUGCUGGAGGUCUCCACUCCACUGGGAAAUGUCUUGGAAUCACUGUCAACACUUAAUUAAACACAGGAAAUGGUGCUCAUCUCGACAGACGGUAGACCAGCGGAUGGGAACGCAAAGGCCCCUGUAGUACUGAGGCAGUAGGUGUUGUCAAACACUGGGCUUUCCGAUCUGUCCUGUGAUGUAGAUGUUACCUUACUGAUCUGAAUUAAUCACACUAAUCAGACGAGCUGGUUUUACGCCGAACCUAUACAGGAAAUUAUGGGGAAAAUCCAGUAUACGAAAUUCCCCCAAUUUACUGGGUAAUUUUUUCUUUUCUAGACAAAAGUUAAACUUUUUUUUAACAUAACAUACAAAUAGAGCAAUACAAUCAGAUGAGAAGUGUGCUAUAAAUUAACAAGAGGGAAGAAAGUGGGGGUAGUUAAAUAGAUUUGGGAAAUGAAGAAAAGUCUGUCCAAGCUGACACAUUCUACAUCAUUGUGCUAGUACAGAUUUCUAUAAUCUGAGUGAUGUUUAUCUGUAUUUUCUACACAUGCGAUUUCUACACAAAAUGCAAAAAAUAUUUUUUUUAAAAAUCAGAUACAGUGCUAAUAAAAUGCCAAUAGGCUGGGUGAUGACAAUUAUCUAUUACAAUUUAUUGCCCUUGGGUCUUAAUUUCCGGGACACUAAGGUGCUUGAUUGCACAGUCCUCUUUGAACACUGCGUUUGAGAAGAAAAGCAGAAAUAGUUCAAAGCUUUAUGGUAAUGUUUACUGUAUGAUCCAAAAUUAGAAACUGUGAGUGCCUUCAAUACAUUUACAUUUUGAAAUAACUGACCGGAUUUUAAAUGUGAGAGUAAAUAUCUUUCUACCUUACUUUCAUUUUCUAAAAACUGAUCAGUAUUUUUUUAAAUCUCCUGAAAUAUGUUUCUCUGAUGUAACAAAAUGGGAAAAUGAAUAUACGUUGUGCUGUUUUCGUUCUCCAAUCAUAAUUAAAUGUUCCUUUUUCCUCUUUAAGGUUGAUAGUGAAAAAGUUCUGAUUGUCUCUCAUUGUCAACUUCAUAACUAGAAAUUUUAGUUUGAUUAUAUUGGUAUUCAAUUGAUGGUGUUAGAAUCAGGGCAGGUACUUAUUUCAAGAAUCUUGGGGUCAUUUUUAGAUCUGAGACUUGUAUUUGAAAUUCACAUUAUCAUUGUUGUGAAGGUGUCUUUUUGUAACAUUACUCAUACUAAAAUCUGCAUACAUUUCGUUUAUCCGGGCCUGGUUAUUGUAAUGCAGUGCUUGCUUGAUUGUAUAUUCAAACAUGUUCAAAACUCUGCUGCUCAGAUCAUAAAUAAAAUACAUGAACAUAACAA